AUGGAAUUCAAGAUCAAUUUAGAACCAAUCAUGUUGGGCAUUUCAUCAGCUCCAUCAAGAAUAGUUAAUGUUAGCAGUAUGGCUCAUAAACAUGCACCUAAGGGUGAAAUAGAAUUUGAUAAAAUAAAUGAUCCAGAUGCUCAAGCACCAAAUAGUACAUUAUAG